GUUUAAUUACCACAAUAUUUGAUUUCCAGGAUAGUAUCGCCGACCUUCUCUCACAUACAUUAAUCCAACCAUUUAACGAAGUCGUUGCAGCGGAUCAAAAUUAUUUAUAUACACAGUCAGGAGAAUUAGCUUAUCAGUCAUUUGUUUUAAUUAAAAUUUGGACAAUCUUAUGUUUCAAACAACAAUCAUCAUUAUUGACUGCUCAUUCGGGUCAACAAGAUAAACCUAAAAUCGUGGGAGCUCCAAGAGUACAUCAAAAACUUACUGCAUCUUUAGCUAUGGCAGAGAGAAGAUUUUGGAAUUCUAUCUGGCCUAGUAUGAAAAAACAAUUAACAGGAAGCGUUAUUGAGAGAGACGUUCAAAUGUUUAUGGACCUAAUAACAUUUUUAUGCUUAUGUGGAUCUGAUAUUAUAAUGUUGUAUUCUCAAGAAUGGUACAUACUUUUGGAUAACCUUGAAACUGAGCAUGAAUCACCUACCACGGCGCAAUUUUACCAAAAAGUCAAACAAGUCAAAGCAAUGUUUGAUGAUCCACCAUUAAUGAUGCAGGAAGAUACUUUAUCGCAACAAUUGUUCUUAGAAGUGAGAGAAUCUAUGAGGUUGUAUUGUGAAAUUAAUACUGCUGGUAAC